CGUGCUUCUGGGCGUGUGCAGAGUGCUUGGCAAAGGCGGGAGGGCCUGGCCGGCUCUCGGUGCAAUCGCUGGGGCAGCGCAAGAAAGGCAUGAGUGUGACCACAGAAUAACCAUCGGUGCUUCGAAAUGUUUGUGACCAGAAGUAAUUGAGCAUCUUGAUGGCAAAAAUAAAAAGCAAAGACUCAAAAGCUCCAACAAGUAGUGGCACAGACAAGCCUGAGAAUCUUAAAAAUCAACACAGAAAGAAAAAGAAGAAGAAAUUAUUUUGGAAACAAAAUUUCAAGCUGGCAGAGACGAAGAUGCAAAAAAGUACCAAUGUGGUGACAUGGUUGCCACCCAAAACUCCCCAGGAAGUUUCAUCUAACUGGAAGGCCUUGCAGGAGCUACUGAAGCAAAAACCUGCUAGUUUGGAUUCUGCUGUUACCAGAGUCGACGCGUGCUCCAAGAAGAAACGUCCAACCAAAGAGGAGGGCAUUGUCCCCAGACUGGCAGAAGUAAACAGAGCUGAGAAGAGGCUGAAAGGCACAUCUGUGGAGAGAGCCAAGCAGGAUCAUGCUGAAGGCCCAGUUUGCCCGGCUCUCCCAAAAUGGAAGAGAUCUGCUCCUGGAAGGAACUUGAGCCACGCUCAGAAAGAUAAGAAAGAGCAUAAGGGAGGCGAAAUAAAUGGCCAUGUGGUGCAGGACUACGGGGACAUUAAACACACAAAAAGGAAACCUGAAGAGCUGGCAGACAUCUGGUUUGACGAUGUGGAUCCCGAUGACAUCGAAGCAGCCUUGGGGCGAGAAGCAGCAAACGUCGCCCGGAAGCGCCUGGGCAUGGAAGAGAAGCCCCAGCAGCUGGCAGAGACGACGCUGGUCAAGGAGGAAGCUUUUGAAGGAUUGACCAGGGCCGUGGCUAUGGACUGCGAGAUGGUGGGCGUGGGACCAAAGGGCGAAGACAGCAUUGUGGCCCGCGUGUCCCUCGUGAACCAGUUCGGCAAGUGUGUUUAUGACAAGUACGUCAAGCCCACGGAAAAAGUGACGGACUACAGAACAGCCGUUAGUGGGAUUCGGCCGGAGAACUUCAAAACAGGGGAGGACCUCAAAGUUGUCCAGAAGGAGGUAGCUGACAUCCUAAGGGGAAGGAUUCUGGUUGGACACGCUCUUCACAAUGACUUAAAGAUUCUGUUUCUUGACCAUCCUAAAAAGAGAAUCCGGGACACGCAAAGAUACAAGCCUUUCAAGCAACAGGUCAAGAGUGGGAGACCAUCCCUGAAACUGCUCUGUGAGAAACUGCUGAAUGUGAAAGUACAGCGUUUGGAGCACAGCUCGAUCCAGGAUGCCCAGGCAGCGAUGAGGCUCUACAUGAUGGUUAAGAAGCAGUGGGAAGCAUCGCUCAAAGUACCAGCAAAGGCAGAGAGAAAAUGAGUCUGUGGAUAUUCCCAUCCUGUCCUGACUGAAAUCUUUGAAGUGCCAGAAUGGCUUUUCUUCACUGACUGCUUCUUUUUGUGCUGAAUCCGUCACCAUGCAGGAAUUAAUUUAAAAUAAUUU